UACUUUAGCAACAACAACAUGAUAAUAUCUAAAAUAAGUCCAUUAAUAUUGCUGCUAACACUGAUACCUACAAUAUGGACAAUGGAUAUAACAUUGGAUGUACAGCACGUGGGAACGGGAGGUGAUUUAUUAGCUAACAGUGCCAAUCAACAACAUCAUAGCUCAGCAGUAGUAGUGCCAGUCAACAACAGGUUUAACACUAUUAAUCCUAACAGUGCCAACAUUGAAGCUAACAGUCCUCAUAAAUCUCUGAGAGACAGUGAUUAUUAUCAAACUAGGGAUCAAUCGCUGCAACAAAUUAUGACAAAACAAAAGCCGGAUAUAAGUCCAGUCCAUAAUCAUCGCCGACAUCAUAGACAGCAAUCAAUUGAUGAUAUCGUCACCGGUUUGGACUCAAUUGAUAAUAGAGGACAACAACAACAAUCUAAAGAAUCACAUAGAAAACUAGCUAAUCGGUCGGGAAACGGACCGAUAACAUACUCGUCCAUACGUCGACACAAUUAUGAUAAUAAUAUUAAUAAUAGACAUGAACAACAACUACCGGUACCACCUCCUGAACGGGACAGUUAUAUACCCUAUGCUUUUAGCAGCGAAACGGGACGGGACAGGCAAACGGAUCAACAACAACAACUGUCCCGUAACAAUGACCGACACCACGUACCGACACAACAACAACAACAACAGCACGGCAUCGACAUAUUGUAUGAUCAGUCGCCUCCUGCUAUCGAUAGACAGAGAAGACCCACCGGAGCCGAUGAUAGUCUACAAAAAACAGGAAUAAGUAGUACACAGGGAGGCGGCGGCGGUGGUCAACAACUGGCUAAUCAUAGUCCCUAUCUUGAAGACUAUAUCAAACAGCUACAGAUGCACAAUAACAAACAGGAUCAUCGCCAGUUGCUGGUCAAACAGGUGCAAAUUGAAGCACCGGAUGGCAGGAAUGGUGGUGGUCGUGGUGGCCAUCAUCAAGAUAUAUCAAUAUUAGAUCAGAUGAAACCUUUACUCCGGGAUCCGCGUAUCUACGAGCGCCUAAGGGGUACACAGUUUGACAAAACAGUGCCAACAGUGCGCAACACUGGCAUACAGUUGCCAGAUGUUGAACGUCCGGCCCGGCCAGUGAUCGAUGAACAUCAGCCGAUUCUAUUGCAACCAAAACAAUCGGUACUUCAGUUGGAUCGGCCACUGUUGGAGCAAACAGAUCGCCUGCAAGAGCUCCGUCAGUCGCUCAUACGGUUACCAGAUUUGUCCGCACCAACGGUUAAGCAUACCGGUGCUGAUCCGAUAGUAGUUCAAAAUAAUUAUCCAGAGUUUAUACCGACAGUUCAGCGACCAAUUGCAGUGAUAGCACCGGGCGAACCGGGUCGUCGACAGCAGUCAAUACUGUUGUUGGAACCAAGGGAAACACCUACUGCUAAAAAUAAUGCCGACCAAUCAAAUCCUAUACUGGCCAGACUACAGGAGCUGGCUAUUGUACCACUGGUACCACAUCAAAAUCAAAAACAACAAAAACUGUCAGAUGUUUUGCAGAUACCUAAACAAACAACAACAACUACUACUACUACUACUACUGCAUCUACUGGUGCACCGGUAGUACCUGAGCUACCUAUUCGGUCAAAAAAUAGUAAUAAUAAUAAUAAUAUCCAACACUUGAGUGCCGAACAAAGUUAUAUGAAUCGUAACUAUUAUAAUCAAUACAACCAUAACCAACCAUCAUCUGCUAUAACACAGUUAGAUACGGGAACUGGUAGUCAUAGACAGCCACAGUUAGUACAACAGCAUCUGAUAAUAGGUGGUAACAGUAAUAAUAAUAAUAAUCGUGGUGACGGUAGAGCUCAGUAUAAUGACAGUCCCGUUAGACAACAAGUGGUCAAUAGCUAUAAUGAUGAAAACAUAUACAAUCAGUCGCCACCACCACCACCAUUGCCAGCACCUGAUAAUAGUCGACGCAAACAGGAGCUCAGGGGACAGUUGCUGAGGCAAUUGGAGGACAGGGAUCGGGCAGAAAAAGUGCACCGGGAGUCGGAACGGCGUCAGCGAGAGCUUAUUGAAGAAGCCCGACGAACACAAGAGGAAAGAGACAAAUUGGACGCCUAUCGGCCCACACAGUCUAUCGGUGGCGGAGACAGGGAUACAACUUUAGGACCGGUAUCUGAUGAUAGACAUAACAAUAAAAACAGUUUCAAUGGACCGCAACAACAACAACAGCAACAAUGGCCACAAACUGUGUUUAUUAGAAACCAAUUGGUCAACAAUAAUCGGCUCGGACCACAGGGACCGGUAGAUGUUUUGCAUAGCAUACAUACAGCACCAGCAUCGGUAGCUCCCAAUGUUGUGGAAUCGACUACAACAACAGGACAACAAUAUCGAAAUCAAUACAAUGAAAGACAACAUAAUCAUGUUAAAGAAGAUGUACCUCAAGUUACCUACGCUGAUGAACCGGGACUGUCUACCAGUGCUGGUAAUUUUGAACAACAACAACAACAUCGGACACCGACACCGAUAGUUAUAUCGGAGGAAGCACUGGCACAGGCAGAAAAAGUAGACGCACAGUAUAUCAAACAGCUUAAGGAGAUAUUGAUGAGCAGUGGUGGUGGUAGUGGUGGCCGGGGAACAGGUGGUCAUCAGGAAUCGGCAACUAAUGAUGAGCCGCCAGUCAUACCCGUUCUCGUCAAUCAAGACAAUGGUAUACCGUUUGAGUCAUUGCCAUCAUCGUCGUCAUCAUCGUCGUCGUCAUCAUCUGAGGAGAUCACCGGUAGAUAUGAAAGACCGAGUGAAUUGUCUAACGGAUCACAGGACCAGUCGCAGAGCAGCAGCACCGGUAGGCCUAACAAUAACUGGUGGAAAACACAUGGAUUUGCGGGACAAACUUAA